CUGUUCUUUCCCUUUCUUCUUCUUUUUUUUCUUCUGUGUUUUUAUUAUCUGAUUCUUGUUAGAUCCAAAAAGCUCUUUAUCUGGCUCUUCUUCUUCUUCGUCUUCUUACUUUUUACGAGAUCUGUUUAUAAACCUAAAAUAGAAAAACAAAACAAAAUUUUUUUUUCACUUUUUUGCAUGAAAAGCUUUCGAUUUGCUUUAUACUGGUUUUGGUUAGUUGAAGAGCUUCAAUAGGUUUAUGUUUAUUAUGAUUCAAUUGAUUUCUCACUUAGAUUUGUAUUCAAAGAUCACAUAACAGCUCAACUUCGUUCUUGAGAUUCAUUUAUAAUCAGGUCACUCUUUGAUGGUAUCUGUGACAAUAUUUGAUUACUAGAGUGGAGAGACGUUCCUCUUAGAGUCAAGAAUUGGCUUUUAUAACAAUCACAAAUCAAGAUUGCUCUCUGUUACUAGUUUUUAAUGAUGGCCUCAAAAACUCCAGAAGGAUCACUUACCAAUUCCAGUCAAAGUAUGUCAAUCAACACGUUAGCAGAUCAAGUAUCUUCGAGUUUGUCUUUCGCUGAUCCAAGUAGUGACGGCAAAACCGUUAGUAGUAAGAUCAACGAGCAAGGUGAGAGUGGAAAGAGUAGCACUUGUAGACCGAGCACAAGCAGUGAUAUAAGCGAUGAGAGUACUUGUAGCAGCUUUAGUAGCAGUAUCAACAAACCUCACAAGGCGAAUGAUGUGAGAUGGGAAGCCAUUCAAGCUGUUAGAACGAAACAUGGUGGUUUGGGUUUGAACCAUUUUAGGCUUUUGAAGAGGUUAGGAUGUGGUGAUAUUGGAACUGUUCAUCUUGCUGAGUUGAAUGGAACAAGGUGCUAUUUUGCGAUGAAGGUUAUGGAUAAGACAGCUUUGGCUAGCAGGAAAAAGCUUCUUAGGGCUCAAACUGAAAGAGAGAUAUUGCAGUGUCUUGAUCACCCGUUUCUCCCGACUUUGUAUAGUCAUUUCGAAACCGAGAAGUUCUCUUGUUUGGUUAUGGAGUUUUGUCCUGGAGGUGAUUUGCAUACACUAAGACAGAGACAACCCGGGAAACGUUUCACCGAGCAAGCAGCAAAGUUUUAUGUAGCAGAAGUGCUUCUUGCAAUGGAGUAUCUACACAUGCUUGGGAUCAUAUACCGUGAUCUGAAACCGGAGAAUGUUCUUGUUAGAGAUGAUGGGCACGUGAUGCUUUCAGAUUUCGAUCUCUCCCUAAGAUGUACCGUUAGCCUCUCGAUAGUCAGAUCAGCCAAUGUUGGAUCUGAAGGCUUGUCAAAGAAUUCAGUUUCUUGCUCGCAACAACCUGCAUGUAUCCAACAACCAUCUUGCAUCUCAAUGGCUCCAACAUCUUGCUUCUCUCCUCGAUUCUUCUCAUCGAAAUCCAAGAAAGACAAGAAACCUAAAACAGAAAACGGGAACCACCAAGUUACUCCGUUGCCGGAACUCGUUGCAGAACCUACAGGUGCUCGUUCAAUGUCUUUUGUUGGUACACACGAGUACUUAGCUCCUGAGAUCAUCAAAGGUGAAGGACAUGGAAGUGCGGUUGAUUGGUGGACUUUUGGGAUCUUUCUGUAUGAACUGUUGUUUGGUAAAACACCGUUUAAAGGGUCAGGAAAUCGAGCAACACUCUUUAAUGUGGUUGGUCAGCCUCUGAGAUUCCCGGAGUCUCCGGUUGUUAGCUUUGCUGCUAGGGAUUUGAUAAGGAGUUUGCUUGUGAAAGAACCACAACAUAGGUUAGCUUAUAAGCGUGGAGCAACAGAGAUAAAGCAACAUCCUUUCUUUGAAGGAGUGAACUGGGCUCUGGUUCGGUGUGCUAGUCCACCGGAGAUUCCUAAACCGGUAGAUCUUGAACCGGUGAAUCCUAAUCCUACUGUACCGGCUGCUGCAUCGUCUAGUGUGAGAUCUGAUCAGAGUAAUUAUCUUGAGUUUGAUUUCUUCUGAAGAUACUGUUUCCACAGUUUGAUGAUUCUCCUCCUAUUGUUCCUUUGCAAAUUCUGUUUAGUGUUUUCGAAAAAUGUGUUUUUUUUUUCUUCCUUCUUGUUAUAUUUUUCACGUCUUGGAAAAAGUUAUGAGAUUUGUAAUCAUUCUUCAAAAAUGUGAGACAGUCUUUGUACCAUCUUCUUGAGUUUAAUGUUAGACACGAACCUUUGAGAA